AUGAUUUAGUAGUAACAACUUCAAGAGGAUGGAGCGAAGGCAGAAAUAAAAGAGGAUGGAGGUAUCGUAGCUUAGUAUCCUGAAGAGAGUCGAAAUGAUCCUGUUCAUAAGACUUCAACUAAGAGGCGUACCUCUUCUAAUGAUUCAUCUCCCUCAUCAUCUUUCGAGAAUAAGAUCGGAAAGCGUUAUUAAUCCAAUAGUGAAUUCAAAGUCCAUUUUUAUGUGCGUCAUGUUCACAUGAAUGGAAUGAGUGAUAAUGAAUUCUUGAGUUUCAUAAAGAGGAAAGUUAAUUUGGCUGGAUCAUGUGAAAUUGUGUAAAUGUUCAAUUAGUAAGGGUCAUAUUGUGAUGUAGCUAUAGGAAUGUCAAAUGACGAUAAUGCCAAAUUAGUAUACAUUGGAAAAAAGCAUUUCAAUUUUGGACGAAAUGGAAGACAGAAGGAGACUGUAGAGUUAAGUGAUGCUUUCAAGAAUUAUUUGGAAAACAAGAAAAUGUUGGAUAAAGAACAUUUGGAACGCUCUUUAAGAAGAAAUCAAUAAUCUAAGGGCAGAAGUGACAGUAGUGAAUCUUCAGGGAGAUACAAAAGUAGGAGUUCAAGCAAGAAGAAGAAUAGAAAGAGAGGGGAUAAAAAAUAAGCAUGGCAAGGAUCGAAGAAAAGAUCUCCAUCUUCUUCGAGUGAACCAAAGAGGGCCAAGAAGAGAAAGAUUAACAGACACUCUUCACAAAGUUCGUCUAGAGAUUCCAAUAGGGAGAUUGUCUAACCUCUUAAACCUUAAUAAGUUUUUACGGAUAAGAAUACUGUGUACAUCUUCUCUAUUCCAUAAGAAGUGAAUGAGAAUGAAGUGAUUUAAGAAAUUGUGUAGCAUCAUAAAUAGAGUGCUCCUAUUAGUCACAUUUGGAACACUUUAGAUAAGAUGCAAUUUUUGGAGUUAUAGUUUUAAGAUGAAAAUACUGCUCAAUUUCUAUGCAACUUGAGGCCCUGCUUACAUGUUAAGGGCAUACCACUUUUGGUGGUCGCUAAAAAAUAACGUCCUGUUUAGGAGUUGUUAAGAAAUUAUGAGGUUCAAGUUGAACUCGAUAGAGAUGUGCUUGCUUUUAAUGUGUAUUAGGAGUUUAAAAAAUAUGGAGAUCUUAUUGGGAUUUAUGUUUUUUAGUUAAAUAGGAAUUAUUUACUCUUGUAUUCAUCGUCCUCAUAAUUGCAGGAGGCUUUACGUCCUCCAGUCCAUUUAUAAUUGACUAUUAAUGAUUAAAUAGUGAAUGCUAACGCCAAGAUUAUUGAUAAACCUAUUGAUAUCCAAAGACCCCUUAUCAAAGAAACUUUAGCUUAUUAGCUGAACAAUUAAACUGAUGAAGAUGAUGACAGUAAAGCAAUCAUUAUAUUUUUAUAAGACAAGAAAAGAAAAACUAAAAGAAAAGUUGAAAAACCUUAGAAAAAAUGA